AUGCCUGCACUAAAACUUCUGCAGUAUCCAGAACUCCUGCAGCAUCCGGCUCAAUUAAACAUGAAGCAUCCAGAACUCCUGCAUCAUCCGGCUCACCCCUGCAGUAUCCAGAACUCCUGCAUCAUCCGGCUUGCACAAUUACCUGUUUUUUUUUUUCUCUUUAAUUUCACUUAUUAUCUGGUUAUUAAUUUCCAACUUUCUUUCUUUUCUUUCUUUCUUUCUUUCUUUCUUUUCUUUCUUUUCUUUUUCUUCACACAGUCAACAAUAUCUGCUUUUAGCCUCCCCCAUAUUCUUUUUUCUUUUCUUUUCUUUCUUUUCUUUUUUUUUCUUUUUUUUUUACACCAGUCAACAAUAGCUAGUUUUAUCCUCCUCAUAUUCUUUCUUUCUUUCUUUCUUUCUUUCUUUAUUUAUUUAUUUCUUUCUUUCUUUCUUUCUUUCUUUCUUUCUUUCUUUCACACCAGUCAACAUUAUCUGCUUUUAGCCUCCUCAUAUUCUUUCUUUCUUUCUUUCUUUCUUUCUUUCUUUCUUUCUUUCUUUCUUUCUUUCUUUCUGUUUUUAUCAUUUUCUCACUCCCACUCUCUCUCUUCUUUAUCCCUUUUGGCUCAUUGCAGCCCAACCAGAAUAAACUACCUUAACAGCUUGCAAUAA